CUCGCCCAAUCUCUUUCUCCACACACACAAGGCAAUUGAAAGAGUAGUCAUGGCCAAUUUCCAGAUGAAAUCUUACAGCGGCCCAUCCUGGGAGAACGGCCAGAUCGAUUUCCCAAGCUUGUAUCUGAGGCGGCUGGAUUCCGGCGACAAGAAGAACCAGCAUGUAGUGAUAGACGGGUUUGGUAGUACCGAUUUGGGCCAGACGUCCAUCGUCGACUGUGGAAUCUACGACGGCGCCGACGACAAUGCGAAUCUGGUCGCCCGUGCGAAAGGCAUGCGUAUGAAUGCUGAUCACAGCUGGUGCAAUUUAUUCGUCAUAGUCUUCGAGCUUGACGGGUUCAAAGGAUCCACGCUUGCGGUAAUGGGAGCAACCAUGGAGAAAGCAAGUGAAACAAGUAUUGAGGAGAAAGGCGAAUGGGCUAUUGUUGGAGGGACCGGUGAGUUUGCAAUGGCGCGCGGCCUCAUCAAGAGAAAAGGACGCCAGAUGGUAUCUGGAGGAGAAAUAUUAGAGCUUUCUCUGGAAGUAUACUGCCGCACCACCAAGGUUGCGCCUCGUCCUGCAAUCCCAACGGCGGUUGCGUCUCCCGCUCCCGCUCCGGUACCUAUUGCAACACGCCCGCCGCCCCCAGUGUCUGUGGUGCGUGCCCCCAAAGAGUACGGACCAAAGGGCCAUCCGGGUUCGAACCCUAAUAACUUCGACCCAAAGAGAUCGUCACGUCUAAAGAGUGUGCGAACCUACCAUUAUUUUGGUGUCAAUGGAAUUAAAUUCACUUACACGGACACAUUAGAUGGCCAAGAACACUACUCUCUCAUUGGUAAUUUGGGUUUUGGACGUUCGACUGCUGAAACCGUACUUGAGAUUCUUCCAAAUGAGUGGGUGACAAAGGUGUCAGGAACUUACGGGUCGCACAUGGACAGCCGCCAUGGGCGAACGAGAGCUAUUUAUUCGCUUAUCCUGGAAACCAACCUCGGCAGGAAAUUACAAGCUACCGGAAAUGGUCGUAGCGACAACGGAGACGGCGCAUCCUUCAGCAUUGUUGUGGACGGAAACGAAACAACCUUGGGCUUCUUUGGACAAAAUAAUGGUUACGGCCCCAUUAACAUUGGUAUCUACACGGUCCCUAAUUAGAAGAUCCAGUGUUGCUUCUCUAUUUCACGCAAAAAUAAAUAAUUGUGAUGGCAAGGAUCUACCGACCUAGUAUGCCGCAUGUGCCAGCUUUCUCUUGCAGCAAGUGUUUUCUUUGUAUUGUAACUCAUUAUGUUAUAUGUGGAAUCCGUAUUGGACUUUGUGUACGCACGGUAACCUUGUGAUCCAUUGUGGUCUAAAAAAA